GAGAGGCGUGGCCUUGUGAAGGCAUGUGCUGCGGCGGGGGCAGCAGUGUUUCUUUCAUUUUGCUUUCGUAACGUGCGUUCCUUCCAAGCGGGCCCGUCGGACGGAGCAUGGGGCUCACAGAGACUGAGCAGCGGAAUGUGUAGCUACUGAAGACGUGCUGCCCUCACCCCCUUCUCCUUGCUGAGAGUUUAUGUCACAAGGACCAAUAGUUUCACUGGCAACUGAAAAUACAUUUUGCAAAUGCUGCUAUGGUGCUAAGGAGGUAACUUUGGAGCUGGUUUUCUGUUGUGAGAGCCUUCUAUCCUACAUGGCUCAAAAUUCUUCCUGCAAUAUUUCAGCCAACAUAGUAAAGUAGCGAUUCAGAUGCCUCCUAGCCUUGUGUUGACUGUGUCACUCAGUGUCCAGGAGUGGCUGGUAAAUCUGGAAAACAAUUUCCAAGUUUCCUUCCAAGUCCAGCCUUGAAGAUGUGGACCGGGGUUAUAUUUUCUCUGUUGCUUUCUUUGUGUGUGUCUGAUCAAGGGACUUCCAUUUUAAAAGAGAGUGGUGCUGAGGUGACACACAUGUAUCUACUCAGUAACGAAAAGCAUUGUGAACAAGCUUGUAAAGGCUCAACAGAUUCAGAUAAUCCUUACUGCUGGUCAGUGCUGUAUCAGAGCCACUGUGUCCUUCUCCGCUGUCCUCAGCUGAGUGCAUGUCAGAAUACCAGCAGACAAGAUAUUAAAGAGCUAAUGGGAGAAUUUGUGACUCGUAAAAGAAGAGAACAUGAUGCAUCCCAUGAGAUAAAUAAUACAGAAGAUGCGAAUAAAGAGUUAGAGGUGCUGAAGAGUACCGUAUCAGUUAAGAAACCCACAGAAGUGCCUCUUUUAUCAAAAUCAAGGACUAUAACAGGAGAUCCUGUGGUCAACCCAACAAACAAUUCCAGUUUGGCAAGACAAAUUACUUCCAUUUUGAAGAAAACCACUGCCAGCCCUGUGAACACUAGUGUCUCCCAAGUCGUCGUAGGAUCAACAGCCAUAACCAAUAUUAGUAACAACAUAACUAUGGUCUGGAAAAAUUCAGUUGCUAGCACUCUAAAUAUUCCAAGCAGCCGUCCUUGGUUAACUCCCACAAUAGGAGCAGAUGGUACUACUGACAUUACAAGUACUACAAAUGCAAAAGGGACAAACGAUAGUAAAUUAAUAUCAGGAGUAGUUGAGAAAAUAAUACCAACAGAACCGCUUCCCAGGACUAUGACUACUGCUGCAACUUAUCAAGUGCUUUCCACGACUCUCAAAAAGCUACAUAUUUCUAGCAUUCCUGCCCCAGCUAGCACUGGAGAUGGCUCUAAGCCAGUGGUAAACUCAUCGACAGUUGCAGCCACCCACGAGCCACCACCUUCCACAGCCAAAGGCACGAUUCAUACAGUUGUAAGCACAACCAUGGCAGCAGCUUCUAUAGUAACAGUAAAGUCAGCUGAAUUCACAACAGUUGCAACAGACAGGAUAAAGCCUACUUCAGAUAAGGUAAUUCAUCCUGUGAUUACUAAAGGUGCUGACAUCUCCACCACUUCACAUCAAAUAUUGUCAACUAGUCAACCAGUGAAGGGAACAACUUCUGUACAUCUCUUGUCAGUGUUCACAGGUACAAAUCCAAAAAUGUUAUCCAAACCAACGAGUAUACAAAGCAAAAACCAGAAAGAGACAGAUAGAGAAAAUAGCUUUCGGCAAGUAGAUGUCAGUUUGCUCUUAGCAGUGCUUCUCUUUGGCGUUCUGUUUUUUGUAACAGUUGUUGUCUUAUUUGCCAUACAAGCCUAUGACAGCUACAAAAAGAAAGAUUACACUCAAGUGGACUACUUGAUCAACGGGAUGUAUGCAGACUCAGAGAUGUGAUGAAAUAUACGUAGAUUCAGAUGUGAAAGCAAUAGAAAUGAAAUGUUAUACCCAUGCAUACAAAUAUAAAUCUGAAUCUAUAUAUGAAUGAAUACAACCUUAUUGGGACAAGUAGAAAGCCUAGGGUGGCUUGUCUUUCAGUUCCCUGUUUUGCCUACAAGACCACCUGAAAGUGCUUCCAAAUUACUUUUCGUGCAAUGAAGGAGAAAUGCCAUGUGUCAUACUUUUAAAGUACUUUUUUAAAAACACACUCACAGUUAAAGGGUGCCAUGAAUGUAUUGUUUCUCAAGCUACAGUAUUGUUUCUGUUGUGCUAGUUUUGUCUGCUAAUACAAAGGGUAUUGAUGUUGCAAGUCUUCCUGGAUGGUUUCUUCCUGAUUCCUGUUCAUCCUGUUUACUCCUAUACAACAAAUGGAGAAACAGUGUUUUUUAACAUGCCGAUUUUCCUGAAACUUCUAGUUGGCAUGAAGACUAUGUUAGUUGUUGCUAGUGCAAAUGAAUGGCCAAGGAUUAGCAGGAUUAGCAUAGUGGAACAACACAAAAGAGUGCCAAAAUCUUUUGGGACUGGUUAUUUAGGUAUGAUAUGCUUCAUUUGGAUACAUUUGAAAGCCUUCCUAAAAUCGCUAAACAUUCUGAUUGCUUUAUCCUGGUGGCAGCAUUUGUUGUAAGGUUAGAAAACUUAAUUGUUAAAAAUGUAUUUAUCAUAAUCUGUUUAAUGCUGUACUGUUUCCUAAUCAUGUUGAUUUUGCACCUUUUAUAUGAUUUUAUUUUUGUACCCAUUCACUUAAAAAUUGAGGACGAGUCGA